GGGAGAGAGAAUCUCAAGCAGACUCCACACUCAGCACAGAGCCUGACUCGGGGCUCAAUCCCAUGACCCUGGGAUCAUGACCUGGGCCAAAGGCAAGAGCCUCAACCAACCGAGCCGCUCAGGUGCCCCAGAAAGUUACUCUUAUUAGCCAUUUUACAGAUGAGGAAAUGGAGGCACAAAGAGGUCAAGUAACUUGUGUAUAGUCAUAGAACUAGUGCGUUGUGUGGUUCCAGAACCUAUGUUCUUACUUGUUAUGCUGUCCUGUCUAAAAGAGGAGGGAGCGGAGGCCAGGGAGGAGAAGGGGCCGGUUUGGUCGUUUGGCCAGGUGACAGGGAUGGGGGGGCCGGGACCUCUUGUCUUCAGCCUCAGGGUUCUUCCUUCCACAGCCCCUCCUGACAGUUCCUCUGUCCCCACCCAGCCUCCCCAUGGACCUCCCCAGAGUUAACAGUCGCCUGGCCUCUUACUUGGCGGGCAGCUCCAGCCCAAAGAGGCUGCACCCACAUUCCCUGGCUGCUCUCCAGCCCGCAGGAGCUGAGGCAACAAAGUCCAGUGAGUGUGAGGGCUGAGCAGAGGCCGCCGAAGGGGAGGCAGCAUCAGGGAGCUGCCGAGAGGAAGGACUGUCCAGCUUCCAGAUGCUAGGCCUCCUGGGAAGCACGACCCUCGCGGGCUUGAUCACAGGCAUUGCCGUGGCUCUUCUGCUGUUGGUGCUGCUGCUGGCCACCUGCCUGUACCACGGACAGCGGGACCAUGACGUGGAGAGGAACCGCCUGGCCGCGAGGAGAAACCGAGUCCGGUGGGCCCAGCCUUGGCUCCUCCCGGGCCGGGGCCACCCGGGACACGCUCACUGUUUCCGUCAUCCUGGCCACGUGUCUCACACGCACCACGUGGGCCUCCACCACCAUCGCCUCCACCGACACCUCUACCACCAAGCCCACCACCAAGCCCACCUCCAUGCCCACCGAGGCCACCACUGACGCCUGCGAAUGGCAGCCACUGCCUGCCCUCCCGUGGACCCCCAUGCUCCUGUGCAGAAGGGCGCCUCUCUGUGCCCCUCCAAGUCCAGGAAGUCUUGUGCUCACAUCUUUCAGGACAGCUCUUCUUCCAGAAGUCGCCAGCGGAGUUGACCACAGUUCUUGGAAUCCAGACCAGAGGCUUAGAAAA